CACAUCCAUUCUGUUGUAGAUCAUAGUAAAGAAAGGAAGAAACUUUUGCAUCUCCCAUAAAUCCAAACUAGCUCCAUCCACAAAUUGAAGGCCCCAUAUGGACAUGGCCAACAGGCAUCAGCACAUGGCUUUGCCUUUGGUGGUUAGUGGUAAACACUUCAGCUCCAAUCUCUUGUAUAAAUAAUCCCCCUUCCAUGAGAAUUUUCAUCAUCAACUACUAGCAUUAUCAAUUCAGCUGUCAAAGGUCUCUAGAUUUCUACUUUACUUUCUUGUUCCCAAUCUUCGAGAGAAAAGAACAAUGCUCAGUGCUAAGAAACUCAUCAAGAUAGCAAGGAAAUGGCAGAAGUUUGCAGCCAUGCAGAGGAAGAGGAUUUCACUUCCAAGAAAUGAAAAUGAUGCAAAUAGUUGUAGUACAUCCUCAUCUUUUGUAGCCGGUAAAGGCCAGUUUGUAGUGUAUACAACUGAUCAAAGGCGCUUUGUGAUUCCCUUGGCUUAUCUAGAAAAUGAGGUCAUCUUGCAACUUUUAAACAUGUCUGAGGAAGAGUUUGGGCUUCCAAGUGGAGGCCCUAUUACAUUAUCAUGUGAUUCCGCUUUCAUGGACUACAUCAUUUCUCUAAUCAAGAAAGGUGCAGCUGCUGGAGAUCUUCACAAAGCAUUGCUCCUCUCAGUUGAUUCGUGUUGUUGUUCAACUUCUUCUUUGCACCAAAAAUGGGGAAACCAACAGCUUCUUGUUUAUUAAGUUAUACUUUAGCGAAUGAUAGCUCAAAACAGAUUGUAUGUAGCAGGUGAAAAGUAGGCAAUUGAAACUGUGUAUUACAUUAUCUGAAAUUUAACCAGAUUUAUAGAUCUCAGUUUUUCAGUUUGAUGA